AGGAAAACACAUAUUUUUGUAUUCAUAUAACAAGCUGAAGUCUUUUAUCAUAUCUAUGUUCGUUUCAAAUUUCUCUUUUUUUUUAUGUUUAAAGGCCAAGGUAUUUAUUUAUCAAUAUCAAUUAAUGAUUAAUCGAUGUACUACUGCACACUGUAUAUAGUAUAGUGUAGCCUGUAGCUGAAGGCGUUAUUUCCACGACCACUUCAACUCAAGUCAAGCUCACCUGACUAUAAAUAGAAUAUAUCGUGUAUCACAACACAGCCUAUAAAUAGGCCUGCUACUUCAAAAAAUGAUUGUAGAAGACAAUAGUGACUUUUCAACAGCAAGGGAUGGAAUAGAGUUUAAAUACGGUACGAUUGUGGUUCUUGGUAGUACAACUUUUUUCUACGUCUUAGUCAAAGGUGCGGUCAAGUCUAUAAGACGACCGACAUCGUUAAACGAGGAAGAAUGGUCGUGGAGAAAUCUGUACGUUUCAUGGAUCCAUUCCUGCUUAUGUGCUAUGUGGGUUCUAAUGUGGUAAGUUGCACAACAAUUAUUAUACUUAUACCAUAGGCCAUUGAUCACAAUGAGUUUUGCCCAAAUCUUUGUUACUUUUAUCUCUCGCAGACCAGGGCAACUGUAUGUACAUGUCAUAAAUCUGCCUGAUUUAAGGUCUCUAGUGGGAAUUUUGUAAAAAUAUAAACUCAAGUCAAUCAAUAAUUAAAUCUACCCCCACCCUCCUUUUUUCUCCCCCUUCCAACAGGAUACAUUUGUUUAUUAGAGUUAUUAAUAUAAUUUAUAAAUAACAUUGUUACACAAACUAAAGUAAAGUAGUGGUAACUAGAAUGUAUAAUUAUUGCAUAAUGAAAUGAUUCGGUUGUAAUCAUUUCUCAUGUAAAAUAAAAUGAUACAUGCUUAUUUCUCCAGUUGCUUCUUAUUGGAAAUUUUCUUAUAACAAAUCUUUAAUAAUUUGUUAAGGUGUUAAUAGGAUGUGUGCAGCAUGGUUUAAACUUUUUUGUGAACUACUUUCUAUUGUUUCUUUACUUUGACAUGUUGAUGUUCACUUCUAUGUGGGAACGAAGAAUAUUAAGAACUUUUUUUUAAUAAAAUGCAACUCUUAUAAUUGACUAUUUUAUGAUGACUAAAAUAUUUUUAAAAUCAUGUAAAUGAAAUAUUUUGAAAAAAAAAAAAAGACAUUUUUGUAAUAAAAUUGAUAGAAAACUUAACAUUCAUAAGCAAUUUAUAAUUAACUUUUAUUAUAAUUAAAACUAAAGUAAUUAAACCAUGUUUUUUGGACCAAAUUAAUAAACACAUUACUUGUAAUGGUGCAGCUAGGGUCAGUAACAACCAGUUUGGGCCAAGGUUUCAGUCACAUCCUCCCCCAUAAAAAAAUGUUCGGAUUACUGAAAAUGGCGCCCCUCAAUAUAUAGAAAAAUAUAGGUUCCCGUCCAACCCACCCUGUCUAUCACAAUAUCAUAAAUAAGUUGUUUUUAUUUGACAUUAUUUGUAAAAAAUACAAAUACUGCAGAAUGAUUAGUUGAUUGCCAUAUUAUGAAAGAUUAAUCUUUGACUAGACUGUAAACAAUUUUUUUUUUCAGUAUUCUCAUGUAUCCUGAACUAUUUAAUGAUCCCGUAUACCACAUAAACUAUGUCACAUAUUUCUGUACUUGUUUUGGUACAGGUAAGUACUCUCUUGAAAACACAUACCAAAAUGAUUUUAAAAUGUUCAAGUUAAGCAAUACUACUUUAUAAUUUUUCUGUCAAGCUCUGACCUUUUGAAAAAAAAAAAUACUCUCAAUAUUGGUUUUGCUUGGUAAUAAAUAUAGUAAUAUAAUUAAUUUUUAUUUAUGAAAGAGAUUACUUAAAAACUACUAUUGUCUAUUCUAUUUUCUCUAAAAAAGAAGCAUUUAUUGAAUAAUUUAUUCAAUCUUAUAAAUUUUAUCUGUUCAUUGUUUUUAUUCGCUAAUGGUUUUACAUCCUUAAAUUGUUUCAGUUUAACUUUAAAAAAAAAAUGAUUUUAAGAUAAUUCUUUUUUUCAGGUUAUUUCUUAUAUGAUUUCCUGGAUAUAGUGUGUAACAAAAAAAUUUCGCUACGUUGGGAGAUAGUCAUUCAUCAUAUUGCUGUAAGUACCAACUUGAUCUCCACUGUACUAGAGUCCUAGAAUUGAUAAUUGUCAUAGAAAUAAUGAAAGUAUUGUAGUUCUUAAGGUAUGCAACAAUUUGUUAUUUUGUAACAAGUUUAUUUAAAUGGUGUAUAGGGGCCUAGUUUUUGUCCUUUUUUUUUAGCCUUACACCCACCCUUUUUCUAAAAAAAUAGGCUGUUAAUUGUAAUGUCACAAUAACUUAAGUGACUUGUCUGAUAAAAAAAUGUUUUUUAUUUUUUAAAUCUUAAUAAAACUAACACUAGAUGAGUUUUAAAAGUUAAUAUUUUUGUUUAAAUUUGCAACAUUUUAUCCUGAUUUAAAAAUGUUUUUUGAUCCCUCUUGACAGAAAUUUUCAGACCUAAUUUGCUUAUUCUUAAAAUUUUUGCAUGAAGAUAACGUUAUUUAUUUAACAUACAAGUAAUUGCUUAUAGAUAUGUUUAACAAAUCCUGAAGCCAUUCCAACGCUAACAAUAAAAUUUAGAGUUAUGACUUUGAGCUGAAGUUUACAUUAUUUUUAUCAAUUGUUUUUGUUUUUAUCAAUGCCCUUAAAAAGAAUUUUAUUUUUAACAUAAAGUCAGUUUAAAUCAUUCAUUUCAAAUCAAUCAUUUAUAAUAAUUGCACUCAAUACUUUGAAUAUAAAUAAAUUGUUUUGUUUUUUCCUACCUCUUUUGCAGUGUUUUGCAUUGUUCUAUUACUGCAUUUACAUGAAAGCCCUUAUUGGGUUUAGUAUCUUGGCUCUAAGCGUAGAAGUGAAUUCUGUAUUUCUUCACUGGAGAAGACUUCUCCUCAUAGUGAGAACGCCAUUUGAAAGCCCAAAAUAUAUCUUAAUCAAGUAUCUCAACCUGGCUACUUAUCUUGUAUUUAGAGGAGCUCCAUUGUACAUCAUCACAUCUUCUUGUUUCACUAUGUAUCAUCUGGUGACACUGGAGUUUCUAACAUUGGGUUGUACAGCAAUGUUCCUUUUAGAUAUUAUGAAUGUGGUGUUGUUUUGGCGAUGUUUUAAAAAUGAUGUUAUAAGAGGGUCAAACAGAUUUAUUUUUAAAAAGGAAAAAAUUAAUUGUAAUAAAAGGGAUAGUAAUUGUAAUAUAGUCUCAAAAAAUAAAAACUCUGGUUCAUGAAUUAUUUUUUUGUGGAAACCAAUUAGAAGCCAUUGUAGUCUCAAUACAUAGAUAAUCAAUCAUUAUUGGAGUGAGUUGUGAAAUAUGUUUCAUUUCUCAUUAAUUGUGCUAUUAAAAUAAAUGCAAAUAAAGUGGUCUGAAACUAAAAUAUAAAUGAGAUGCAAUAUUAUUUUAUAAUGUAUGAUGACUAGUUUAAUAAAAAAAAAUUCAAGCUUAUUUACCGGUACUUAGAAAAUUGUAAAACUUUUUGCUCAAAAUAAGAGCUUCUGUGAUGCCCUAUUUUAUAUUUUAUUGAAAAAUAAAUCUUAAUUUCCCCUUUAUUUUAAAAUGUAUUGAGCUGUUCAAAAGAAUAAUCAUUUAAAAAAAAAGCAAUCCAAGUGCAGAAAAUAAAUUGAAUUACCUUAUGCCCUUACAUUUUCUUUUUAAAAAUAGCAGCUCUAGGCCUCUCAAGAUUUUUUUGUGGUCUUUAUUUAGCAGAGUAUUUUAGAUAUGCCAGGAAAUAGUUACUUUGCCUUAUAAUAAUUUUAAAAUAGUAUGAGAAAAGGAGAUGUUGAAAUUUAUAUGUAAAAUGCACAUAGUAAUUUAUGUAUAUUUGUUGAUUCUCUUAUAAUCUACUUCAUAAAAUUUUACUUCACAGUUCCUAUUUUAAUUGCUUAAGAUUUGUAUACACAUAAAAUUAAAGCUAUUUUUAGAACGACACUUUUGAUUCUUAUCAAAGACUUCAACUCUCUCUCAGGCCGUAUGACUGGUUGUGAUGUUUGUACACUGUUCAUUUAAUAUUUUAUUGUAAUCUUAUCAUGGCAUAUUAUCCCAUAAGAAUCACACUAAGAAUCGGUGUGUUUGUGUCACUAAUUCAUUUUUUAAAAUGUUAGCUUCAAGUACAAGGUGGAAAUUUUUUUAGAACUACGUUUUAAUCAGCAGGUGUCAAUCUGCUUGCCUUCAUAUAGUAAACUAUCAUUGCAUUGUUUUUUUUACAAUUAAUUUGUGAUUUUGCUGUAUAAAUAAAGUUCAUUGGGUUAGGUUCAUCAAAUGACUUGUUGUCUGGGGGAAGAAUAUUUAUUUUGAGAACUCUUGUUCAUUGCAGUGCUAGACACCACUGUACCAUACUAAGAAAUAAAGGUUUGAGAUCCUUCUCUUAUAUAUUUUACCUAUGACAUUUCUCAAUUUCUGUUCUGAAAAUUUAAUUUCAAUUUUCUUAUUCACAAGGCAGAGCUAAUUAGUUAGGAGUUGUUUUUUUUUAAUCUUGGCAUUUUGGUUUAGAUUCAUCAAACUUGUUAUAAUUGUUUUAAAACAUUAGAAUUAGAAGUAAUCAUAAUUUACUCUCAAAUCAUCUUUUAAUGAUGUACAGUAAGGUGGAUUGUUGGAUCAUUUAUUUAACUGACUAUAUAACUAUACAAUUUUAGUGAAUCUUAUUUAAAUUUUUCUUUUCAAGAU